AUGCAAAUUAGAGCCGUGAAUGGUAGAUUUGGCGGCGCAUCGCAUGAUUCGCACAUAUGGAACUUGUCCGGUGAGCGCGAAUAUUUAAAAACUGCUUAUGAAAACGGUGACUCUGGCCAACGAUUUCUUGGCGACUCAGGAUAUCCGUUGGAACCAUGGCUCCUUACUCCAUACAGGAAUUCUGCGGAGGAUUCAGACGAACAUUUUUUUAAUCAAAAACAUUCAAAGGGAAGGUCGUUAAUUGAGAGAGUUUUUGGCGUUUUGAAAGGCCGAUUUCGUUGCCUUCUAGCUUCAAGGGAGUUGCACUAUGCUCCAGAAAAGGUUAUGCAAAUACUAAAUGUUUGUUGUGCUCUGCAUAAUAUAAUAUUAUAUAUGUAUAAUGUUCAAAGUUCAUCCUCCCAGUUUAGAAAUCGAACCGGAACAAGUGAACAUGGUAAAUAUAAAAAAUCUGAGUUUUGGAAAUAUAGCUAGACGUG